GGUGUAAGCACGUGAAGGGCAUCCUGCUGUUUGGGCCUCCUGGUUGUGGUAAAACACUGAUGGCCCGGCAGAUCGGAAAGAUGCUCAACGCCCGCGAGCCAAAGGUCGUCAACGGCCCCGAGAUCCUCAACAAGUACGUGGGAGAGUCUGAGGCCAACAUCCGCAAACUGUUCGCCGAUGCAGAGGAAGAGCAGAAGAGGCUGGGAGCCAACAGCGGCCUCCACAUCAUCAUCUUCGAUGAGCUGGACGCCAUCUGCAAGCAGAGAGGAACGGGCGCCAGCAGCACGGGCGUGCACGACACCGUGGUCAACCAGCUGCUGUCCAAGAUCGACGGCGUGGAGCAGCUGAACAACAUCCUGGUCAUCG